UAGCGAGGAGGCCUUCCAUCAAACAAUCAAGCUGGACUAAGCCGACGAGAUUGCACUGUGAGUAUCUUGCUUGGUGCGGUCCAGGAAAACGCAAUCCUUUGGUUGGCAGCAAACACCAUGUCUACAGCAUCUUAGUCAAGCCAACAAUACGUUGCCCGGACUGACGUGAAUGAUGAAGAAGAGGUCGGAGGUUAGAGUAGCAGCUGUAGCUAAGCGCGACGCGUCUUUUUGUUCCCAGAUCGAAGAAACGCGUCGUUGCAGGGUCAUUGAACUGUCGUUGGGCAUGGCAUCUUGUACAGGUGCGUUUGCCUCAAGUUGAGGGGCUAUGAGUAAGGGCUAUGGAUGGGGAAGGUGAGGAUGGCGUUGGGUAAGCCUUUGCAUGCCGAGAAUACAGGAAAGCGCACCGAAGAUAUAUAUCUACGGCCGUAGUUCAUUCGCGUCUCAGGGGUAACUCAGCAACGACGCGUCGAUCCGCGGUUUGUUUUGCGAAGUCGUGAGUGUUUGUCUCUCUCCGUUCAGAUCCUGAUCCCACUUUCUCAUCUAUCUCUCGUUUGCAUUUGUAAAAUACCUCCAUCCACACCCCAACUCCAACAACAUGCCCACUGAUGGCGCUGGCGCCGGCGCCAUGUAUGCCUCAGAGUUAGUCACGCAUAAUCACGGCUAUCAAUCAUCGAGUCCUACAUCGGGCAACUGGUGCUUUUGCGGAGGUCCUGUAGAGGAAGGUGGCAUCUACUGUAGUGUCGCCUGUGCUCGAUACGACGCGAUCAACUCUCUGUGCUAUAAAAGCCAUCAAUCACCUCUCCUCGCGCAAAACAUCGACUUCCAACAGGCCGGAUCGCUCACACAAGCUCCUUCUCAGCCCUUACUUCUAGGUUCUUCGUCAACAGCAUCAUCAACAGCCGCAAUUGCUGGCGACGACGAUCACUGGCACGCUCCACAUUAUCGCCUGUCGCACGCCGAUAUGAGAAAGCAAGAAAGAAGAGAUGAAAGAAGGCGGAGACGAGCAGAAGGAAGCUCUAGCGGAUCGAUGAGCAGCAACCGAAGCACAGUUCAGUCGACCUCUUCUUCAAUAGCAUCGCGUGCUGUCCCAGAUCUUGUGGGAGGGGGCGGACAUUCGCGUAAUCCAUCCGUUGCAAGUUCUGUCACGUCGUUGGCAUCAUCGGCCUUUAGCUUAUCGAGGAAUCCCUCUGUCGCAAGUAACCAUUCGAAAAGAGGACUUGGUGGGGGCUUUAAUGUUGAUAGCAUCAUCAUGGAGACCGAAGGGGAGCAAGAAUGGCUUCGCUCAGAGUCCUCCAAGCCCUAUGGAUCCAUUUCGCUGGCGAGGCAGACUCAUCAUAAGCCGCUAAAUAGCCGCUCAACGAGUGGCCGUCAGAGAAAAAACACGCCUGAUUUGCCUUUGGGUAUGGGUCAAGACAUGCGUGACGUACUUGAGGAGAUUAUCCAAAUGGAACAAUCAUAUCUUGUCGACGAUACAAAUUCCCCGACCUCACCUGAUGAUCCUCCUCCCCCGCGGCUUUUCAGCAGUCAGUUCGGUCCUCCUCGCACACCCUCCCCAUCUUCAAAUAGAAAACGCGCUCCUCCGGCGCCUGGUGCGCCUGAUACUUCUGUCAGAGGACAUCGAUCUACCCUGUCCCAAAAUGCGCUGGCUCCGCCACACACGCCGGCGUGCCAACCCCAGAGGGGUCCCCGCCCAUCUUCAUUAUUCGGUAUGCAUCAAUCAUCUCUUUCGGAAUCACACACUGCGUUGUAUCUUGCAACUGCUUCUCCAGCGGCUGCGGAAACUCGUAGCGCGUCUCCUAAACUCGAGACUCGCCGAAGUCUUGUCUUUACCGCCGAUAAUGCAGGGCCUUCCAUCAAUGUCGACACCGAACACCUCUCUACUGGAGUUCCUAGUCUCACCCUACCUCGGCGAAACUCUGAAGCGAACUCUCCAAUGGUCACACCCAUGAACCGCAGGUUCGUACAAAAUCGCACCCCCAAGGCAAUUCAUCCAUCGAUGGAUGGAUGGAGAUUCCCGUCUCCCAUGAAUGCGACUACUCCUACUCGAAGUGCUCGCCAAAGCAUACCGGACACCCCUCUUAUGGGAGAGUCAAGAGGAAUUCAUGGAAUCGCCCAAAAUAGAUGCUGUAGCCCAGAACGCAUCACCCCUGCGUUACUUUGGCCUCCUCAGUCCCGACCGCGCGGCGAUUCGCCUCCCAUAAAUCUUGAGCCGUCCCUCUUUCCUGGCUCGCCAGUUGCUAUACCAUAUAGUGUUAAUCCUCUUUCACACGUGGAACGUGGUAAUAUGACGCAGGGCGAUAGAGAGGAUGAUAUUAUGGAUGUAGAGAUGCGUGGGAGCCCAGGAUACCAUGAUAGCUCAACAGAAGUGCCUGGGAAUGGAGGAAGAUAUCUACUAGUGCCCCUGGAAACUGAGAGUUCCCGAGGUACUAGUCACAGGUGGUAAAGAUAUGAGGACGAGCAAGGCCUUGAUGGCUUGAUGGCGGAUAUGAAUUAUGACGCGCAACGGCGUCGCCCAGCUAGAAGUUUGUAUGUUAGCUUUCUUCGUGUCUCAUGAAGCUCUUAAAAGGGUAGGAAAAAGAAGUUUACGUUUGCAGAAUUUGCAUAUUCAGCUUAGCAAUUCCUAUCUAACAUUCACUUGCAAUUCGAUGUGUAUUCGUUGUCUUCUUUAGCUUCUAAAGGCUAGUAUCUGCCCUGUCCUUCAUUUGUGCUAUGGUCUUAUGAAUGCUAGAAAUAGACUCUCAAAGACGCUUGGAGACCGUCCCCAAGACAAACAUGUAACCCCUAAAAUAUGGCCCUACUCAUUUCGUUAGACGACAGACGACAAACAGCAUCAAGGCAAUUCAGUUAUGGAAUAAUAUGAUAUAUACGG